UCAGGAAGAGACUGAGUGAUGAAGAACGGUCCAGUAGAGUCAUCUCCCACAUCAAGUCAUCUAGGAGCCUCCACAUCAUGUGUAGAAUCCCAGUCUUCUGCUGGAUCACCGCUACAGUCCUUGAAGACAUGUUGACUACAGAGCAGAGGGAAGAGCUGCCCAAGACCCUGACGGAUAUGUACUCACACUUCCUUCUUGUUCAGAUGAAGAGAAAGAAGCACAAAUAUCAUGAGGGACAAGAGAUGGCAGAGGAGGUAGCAGAGGCUGAUCGGGAGGUUCUUCUGAAGCUGGGAAGGCUGGCAUACGAACAUUUGGAGAAAAGAAGCAUCAUAUUCUACCAAGAAGACCUGGAGGAGUGUGGUCUGGAUCCCAAAGAGGCCUUGGUGUAUUCAGGGGUUUGUACAGAAAUCUUCAAAAGAGAGUGCGUGAUCUUCGAGUCUUCGAGUCCAGUCUACUGUUUUGUUCAUCUGAGCAUUCAGGAGUUUCUGGCUGCCGUCUACAUGUUUCACUGUUACGCUAACAAGGACAUAGAGGUGUUGAAGCAAUUCCCGGGGACAAAGUGGGACAACACAAACAAUGACACAUCUCUGGAUGUCUUUCUGAGCAGAGUCAUGGACAAGUCCCUCAAAAGUAAAACUGGCCACUUGGAUCUGUUUGUUCGGUUCCUUCAUGGCCUCACUCUGGAAUCCAACCAGAAAAUCUUAGGAAGUCUGCUGGGCAAGGCAGAGAUCACUCCAGAAAUCAUCCAGAGAACUGUUAACAGCCUCAAGGAGAAGAAAACAAAAAUCGCCCCCGACAGAAGCAUCAACAUCUUCCACUGCCUGAUAGAGAUGAAUGACCUCUCGGUAUCUCAGGAGAUCCAAGAGUUCCUGAGGUCAGAGAACAGAUCAGAGAAGGAGCUCUCCGAGAUCCACUGCUCAGCUCUGGCCUACAUGCUGCAGAUGUCAGAGGAGGUUCUGGAGGAGCUUGACUUGAAGAGGUACAAGACAUCACUGGAGGGACGACUGAGAUUGAUCCCAGCUGUGAGGAACUGCAAAAAGGCUCGACUCCCUGGCUGUGAGCUCUCAGAUACUCACUGUGAAGUCGUGGCC